AAAUCCGAAGCAACCGAAGCGACCGAAACAACCGAAACUAGUAACACUGGACGAUCAAAGAGAGUUCGAGAGGAACAAACCCCUGUUAGAGUUUUUAGUGAAGCAAUGGAUAGAGAUCCCAACUCGAUGUCUGUUGAGAACGUACUUGGCUCAGACGAAGAAGAGCAAAUAAUAACUUCUACUUUACCUGCCACAACCAUUCCACCUACUGCGUCCUUUUCAUCUUAUUCGCCCAUCGUGACCAUUUCACCAAUUGCAUCUUUUCCACCUGUCGCAAUUAUUCCACCCGGUACAUCUUUUCCACCUGUCACAAUUGUUCCACCCGGUGCACCUGUUUUACCUGGUGCAUCAUUUCCUCCUGUUGCAAUUGUUCCACCUGUUGCACCUGAUCCUGUUACACCCACUACGACUGUUCCUACCUCAUCAAUUGAUAUGAUUGAUAUUUCUGGAUUAAAUGAUAAUGUGAUGGCAGAUCUU